ACUCCAACCUGUAUUUGCUUACAAGAGACUAAUUUCUCUUCUGAUUAUUGUGCGUCAUUAAAAGGUUUUGAACACUUCUUUAAAAACCGGUUACAAGGUAACAGAGCCAGUGGCGGAGUAGCUAUUUUCGUGAAACCCUACACUUUUCCAGAACAAGUUCGUUUAAAUACACAUUUAGAAGCCUGUGCAGUCCAAAUAAAGUUUCCCUUAAAAGUUACAAUAUGUAGUAUAUAUCUUCCGAAUAGUAGUUCCUUAAAUAUGAAUGAUUUAAAUGAUUUAGUCAAUCAACUACCUCCCCCAUUCAUCUUGUUAGGCGACUUUAAUAGUCAUCAUUAUUAUUGGGGAUCAGAAAGAUGCGAUACUAGAGGUCGAAUAAUAGCCGAUUGGUUAGACUCUCAUGACAACAUAGUCUUACUAAAUACAGAUCAACCCACACAUUUUGAUAGUAGCACAGGUCGCACAAGUAAUAUUGAUCUAACAAUAGCUUCACAAAAUAUUGCUUCAUAUUUUGAAUGGAAUGCUUUUGAUGACCUAUAUGACAGCGAUCACUUUCCAAUUUUGGUUAAAUCCUUAGUCAAUGAUGUAACACCUACCUCCAAUUGUAUGACAAAAAGAUGGAAAUUCCAUGCAGCUGAUUGGUCGCAAUUUCGAGAAGAAAUUGAUAACAAUAUUAGUAAAUUAAUUGACUUGGAUCACGAUACCGACAUUACUAUUAAUGACAUAGUUACCAAUUUUUCUAAUUUUAUUUUGGAAGUAGCAGAAAAAUGUAUACCUAAGUCUUCAGGCAAUUGUAAAAGAAAGAACUUGGUACCAUGGUGGAACGAAGAAUGUAAAAUAGCUAUUAAAGAAGCAAAAAAGGCUCAAAGAUUAUAUUAUAAAUGUGCUAAGAAUGAUCAUGAUUCAAAAUUAAAAAUUGAUUAUAAGAAAAAGAGAUCUAAAGCUAGAAGAUUACUUAAAGACAGUAGUAGAAAUUAUUGGGAAAAGUUUAUUUCAUCUAUUAAUAGUCAAACACCAAUAGGUAUUCUGUGGAAAAAGAUCCAAAAAAUUAAUAAGAAAAAUAUUAGAUGGGACACUAUAGUAUUGCAACAUUUAGACGGAAUUUUAAGUGCUGAUCCUGUUGCAAACGCAGAUCUACUGGCUAAGACAUUUGCUUCAAAUUCCAGUUCUAUAUUUUAUAAUUUUAAAGCUUCACAAGAGGUUCAAAGUAAAUUUGAUAUUACUGAUAAUUCUAAUAAAAUAAAUAAGGAUCUGUCCAUGCAUGAGUUAUUAAUCCUUAUGUCAUCUGCCUGCGUGGGCCGCACCAGACGGCUCAUGUCCACCUACGCCACGUGCGAGCCUGUACUGACGUCAUUAACCCUUCAAACGACGAAUACGUCAACUGACGCGCGCGACUGCAGCCUCCUUGUGCUUUCCAACAAGGUCACAGAAUAA